GUAAAAAUGCAAAUCUAUUCACAUUACGGUAGCAGAUCGUGCAUCGCAUUAUAAAUAUAAGCGUUAAUUUCGUUCAGAACUUUAGUAUUUUCUUAAGUUUUGAGCAAUUCAAUAAACAACAGCGAUGCGUCUAAUCGGUGAAAUAACUGUGUUGCUUUGCGUGAUUUACAGUAUAAAUGCGGCUAUUUCAUAUAAUUUGAAUUCACAAAACCCUGAAUAUCCAGGUAAAUGUUGGGAUGGUUACCGUAAAAUGGCAUUCGAUGUUGGAGUUCAUCGGCCGAAUAAUAGUUGUGAAGAAAUCGAUUGUGGUCCAACAUUUAUAGUGCAAACAAAAACUUGUGGUGUUAUUAUGCCUCCGCCUGGCUAUCGCAAUGAAAUUGAUCUGACAAAGGAAUAUCCGAAUUGUUGCUUCAAGUUUGUUAAAAUUGAGGACGACGCCGAUACUGAACCAGAACCAACAUCAACUUAAAACAAAUUAAUAAGUAAAUAACAUGUGCAGUUUCAUUCGCCGCCGAAACAGGUUUCAUUGACGAUAUUGUGGACGCCGUAAUCUUUCAUAAUUAAUUUUUCUGUUGCGUAUACCGUGUUCCAUUAACCCAUGGCGAUAAUCUUUUUUUAAACUUCAGACAUGUUUUGAACAAUUCCAAAUAUUUUUUUUGCUAAUAAAUUAACUUGAAAGAAUCAA